AGUGACAGCAUUUGAAGAUUGGCUUUGAGAAUUUGCUGUCUUACUGAGCGUGACAAUGAAUGGAAAGUUUUUAAUUUUAUAGGAACUUGCAAAUAUCUUAGCGUGUAAUGCACAGCAACUUCAUAAUUAGGACUACGUUUCAACGUUCAAGUCCACACUUUAUCAGUGGUUUUUACGGUCAUCAGUAAUCUGGUUUUGGUUUAGAAGGCCUGUCUCUUUAAAACUAAGAAGGAUGGAAGCAAUCCAAUUGAUUACGUUGGCCCUACUGGCAGACAGCCUUGGGGGCACAGCCACAAUCAACUCUCGGCCAAUGGUUUCAGAACAAACAAACUCAAACACACCAACUUCACUUCAUAACUCAAGUGCAUCUACAGAGCCCUGGUUAAAUACAACUACACCAACCAUACCAAGUACACCUUCAAGUGAUCUCCCUAACAACACUUCUUUCUUAACCAAUACACCUAAUACCACUUCACAGUUCACAUCAGGAGUUUCAAGUGAGCUACAAUCAAUUCAGAGUGCCACCUCUCAAUCAACUUCACACUUGACGACAAAACACAAGAGGACCAAGUCAACCUUGAUGACAUCAAUCACCAGGAGAUCAACCAUUAAACAGCAAAAUAAUGGGGCUGCAGGCAGAAUUAUUGCAUAUGCCAUUGGAGGUGUGUUGUUGCUCAUGUUGAUCACAGUAUGUGUCCUUUUGUUGUGCAAAAGAUAUGCAAAAAGUCCUUCAGAGGACCAGACAUGGGCAGGAAUUUGUCCAGGGCCCACUGGUGAAGUAGAUCUACAUCCAUUGGAGGAUAAUGAUAACAACGUUGUGCUGGUAAAACGCCCCUCACUCACCACCUUCUUGUCUAAAAAAUCGAAACGCGAAUCCUUACUGGAUGAUUAUAGCAUGGAGGUGCAGCAGUCUGAAGGAAUUAUCAAUGCUUCUUCACCCGAGAUUGAAGAAAAACUCAUUGAGGCUGAAGUUAAAGUAGAAAAUGAAACUGCAAAAGAAAGACAACCUUCAAGUGAAACACAAAGCCAAGAUUUUAAGUCACCACCUCCUCUUGAAGCAGAAAGUUCAGUGAAAGAUCAUGAUGCAACUGCUUCAUCACCUGCAAUAGAUACAGAGGGUCCUGGCCCAGAUCAGGAGGUUCCUGAGAUAGAUCCAAGUACCUCCUUUCCCCCUCCUCCAGAGGAUUUUCUGGAUCUGGUGAAUGAUUCUGAUAAUCCACCAGCACUCCUUGAGCUACAAGUCUAAAUUACAACUUAGCAGUUUUAGCUUCAAUGCAAUUGUACAUUGGCUAAAGUUUACCUAAGAUGCCUCCUGCAACAACUGUCUUUGUGCCACUGGUUUUACGCUUCAGCAUUGCUAAACCAUAUUUUGAAAAAAAUCAGAUAUGCUAAACUAGAUCAUGCCUGAAGUGCAAUGUACAUCAUCUUUCUGAAGUUGUAAGUGGUGUCAUGAUUUGAAACUAGACACAGACAAAAAUCCCCUAUAGACUGCAAUUUCAUCAAUGCACUUCUGCAUUUUUUAAACAUGAAAAAGGACAGCAAUACAAGUAUAAUAAGGUGUAGAGCUGGAUGAACACAGCAGGCCAAGCAGCAUUAUAGGAGCAGGAAGGCUGACGUUUCGGGCCUAGACACCGACUCCCAGCAAUACAAGUAUAUUUUCUCAAUUAGUUUCACACCCACCUCUGCACCGACUUUGGGUAACUGGUUAGCAGUGAAUUACCUCAAAAGCCUUUUUACUUUUAUUAUCCAUCUACCAACUCCUUUCACAGCAGCACCUCUUGAACAGUUCACAAUUAAAGUGGUCAUCCACAAUAAUGCAGCAAAUACUGCACUGACUGCUUUAGAUGGCAAAGAUUUUUUUCAUAUACAAGACAACAAAUGGAGAAGCAAUUAGCUAAAGCAACCCUAUGAAAACAGUUUGAUAGGAGUCUUCCUUAGUUGAUGUUCCAAAUGAUAAAAAUGCACAGAAAAUAGGAUAAAUUCUAUGGACUGACUUUACCCAAAAAAUAUUAUGAGCAUACUAUGUUGAAAUUUGAUUAAAAAAUUCUUCAGCAGAUAAGUUUGCAAUCCAAAAACAGCAACUAUGCUUGGCAAUUGUAUUCUGCAAUACUGCAGAUUGCCAAUUUCUUCCUUCAGGUCUCUGUUCUACUCAGCCCCCACAGAAAGUUAUAUUUUAGUCUUCCCUAAAUUUUUUAAAGUGUGAAUAUAGUUUUAAAGAUUACAUACAGUAAAAUCAAAUCAAUUUUCACUUCUAACCAUAUAGUAAUUUACUACUUUACAGGGGGAAGCAAGAUGACGAAAGGCAUUUUUUUCACACAGCAAAUGACUGCUUUCUUUCUCUGAUGCAUUACAUUUCACUUCCAGUCCUUCCUUGUAAUUAGUUCUGAACAUGAGGACACCAUUUUCGGGACGAGUCAUGGCUUUGGCAUAUACUCUUUUUGUACCAUACUCCAAUGUUGGUACAAAUAAGGGGAAAAAAAAUCUUGUCUUUAUGUUCGUAGCCACAGAAAAACUGUUGGCAGUAAAUGUGUGCAUAUUUCGAUUUGGUCAAUCAGGGAUCAGACAAUAACAAACUUACAGAUGACAUGAAUUCAGUUACUCAAGGCAUCCAUCUUUGGAUACUGCAUGCAAGUCCAACAUGGACAAGUAAAAUCAUUGCCGAUUUACACCAAGAAGCCAGUUACAACCGAGCUUUUUGACAAUAUGAGGUUCAGCAUUAUUUUAGAUGUUCACAUUGAGUCAAUUGAAUUAUUAUAGCAAUUCCACACUGCUUGAGCAGAGUUAAGUUCAACUCUCAUCUCUGGUAACUCAGUGUGCUGUCUUUAACUUCAAGCUAUAUCUGCCCUAGAACACAGCAAUGCUCACAGAUAUUUUUAAGAAGCAAAUGAAAUACAAUUUUCUUUUGAUAAAGUGCACAAAACAGAUGUAGCUGGUAUAUUAAUUGCUUUCCAAAAAGCAAAAACAAUUGCAUAAUCAGUAAGAUGAAAUGAAAACGGCAAUGAAUUUGCAUUAUUCUCAGUGGGGAAAUUCUGUUUAUUCAGAUUUUGGGCUUAACUUUAAAACGUGAAACGGCCGGUUGUGGGAAACAGGGAGGACGGAAUGCAUCUCAGAAAAUGGUUACAGACAAAAUCAUUUAGUUACAGCCGUAGCUUUUGGAAAUAAUUUUAAAACUAACCCAGAUCUGCACACUGUCAUCUACAAGUUUUAACUGGUAUGUUGUAAUCAAAUAAAAAGGAAAUGAAACUGUCAACAGCAGUUUUCAUUUGUGUAAAUAUUCUC